CUUUCUAUUAUCUUCAGUAUAGAAAUCUUAAUAAUAUUGUAGAUUUAAUCCAUUAGAAUCGUUAUGCUCAUUCACAGACUGUUUUCUGACGAGGCUAUUGUGGAAGAAGGCUAUUCUUACAUCCAGCUGUUGGCUUACUAUGAUAUAAAAAAACGUUUAAAGGAACGAGUAGGUGGGAAUGGCAAGACCAGUGAUAGAGUUCCACGCAUAACCACGUACCUGCCAAAAGGAGAAACCAAAGUAGAGAUGAUGGGAUUCCAAUUCAGAGUGCUACGCAUAUAUGACGAUUGGGAAGAAGAAAUGAUUAUACCAGAACAAGAUGAAACUGACUGUCUGCUAAUCGACUGGAAAGAAGGCUAUCCGACGUACGUUCCCAGAAUAGUUGAAUAUGUCGAUGGCAGGCAAUAUGAUUUCGAUGUCUUCGACCUGCACAGAACUUUCGAUGUCGAAACAUACCUGGUGAUCUGUCAAAGCGUGGAGAAAGAAUAUGUGGAUAUUCUACAAUAUUUGAAGGUGAUACAACCUCUUAAUGCCGUUAUGUUCUCUGGCAGUGUUAAGUUCCAAGAAUCUGACAGUGGAGAUAAAGAAAUACUUGUUCGUACUUUCAUCGAUAUGAAAACAAAGAAACUUGUGAAGUAUGUUGGUAAAAGUUUUAAAAUGGAUGAACCCAACGAGGCAGAUGUUAAAAGAUCUCCUGCUCCUCCUCUGCAGUUCCAUGCCAACAAUCAGGAGUAGUUGCGUUUAACGGAGAAAUGAUUUCAAGU